GAAGAAGAAGAUACAAGCGCAAGUAGGUGGCGACAUGCAGACAGGAUGCAAUGCGCCAAAAAAAAAAAAAAAAACAGAAGAAGAAGAUGACGUCAGCGCAUUCUUGAUCUAUUACAUCUCCUUUGUUGUACAGUUUUUCAUAUGACUUUAUGUUAUUUGUUCGCGGUAUAUUUUGACUGGGGCUAAACUAUUUUAAUACAACGGGGUCCUGAUGUAUUGUUGAGAGCGUCUUUCUGCUUUACUGGUAUUGGGUCAACUCUUGUGUGCCCGUUCUGAAGAUGGCGGCGAUGCUGAGUAUCAGCCCGGGCGCAGACUCAUCCCACAGCGGCACAGCCGCGGGCUCCGAGCGGCUCCGAGCGGAAGAUGGAUCCGAGUCAGAGAAACAGAGUCGUAUGACGGCGCUACUGGAAAAGCUCCACGGCAAACAUAACUCAUCCCGGUCCUGGCAGGAGACCAGCAAAGUGGUGCGGCAGGCAAUGGAAAAGCGUGGGGUCAGUAAUACAGCUGGACACCAACUGCUGCUCAACUGUUUAGAGACACUGCAAAGGGCACAAAAAGUAUCUUCGUUGCCAUCAAUGACUGAUCGUCUGGAGUCCAUUGCUCGGCAGAACAUGUUGGGAUCUCACCUGAGCCCCUCGCGUACUGAGUGCUAUAUCACCUCAGAUAUGUUUUACGUUGAGGUGCAUUUGGAUAAAACUGGAAAGCUUGUGGAUGUCAAAGUGGCCCACCAUGGUGAAAACCCUGUGAGUUGUCCUGAGCUGAUACAGCAAUUACGAGACAAAAAUUUUGAUGAGUUUUCCAAACACCUGAAGGGUCUGGUUAACCUGUAUAAGCUCCCUGGAGACAACAAAUUAAAAACAAAGAUGUAUUUGGCUCUUCAGUCCCUGGAGUUAGACCUCACCAAGAUGAUGCAUAUGUUCAGGAUAGCCACUAAGGCAAAUGCUGUGGAGACAAUACUUCGCGGUAGUGUGGGUCUGUUGACGGCGAGGAGCGGCGGUCAUCUAGUAUCUCUACAGUGUUAUGUUUCUCCAGAUGAUAUCUUUGAAGAGGAAACUGGAGCCCAACUGAACUUCACUGAUGUCAAUAUUCCCCGUACUUUAGGUGUGAGCGUGUCAGUGACUGUUGAGGGCACCACAUCGGUUUACAAGCUUCCCAUUGCUCCGCUUAUCACAGGAUCCCAUCCAGUCGACAACAAAGGGACUCCAUCAUUUUCUUCUGUAACAAACUCAAACUGUGUAGAUUUACCAGCGUGUUUCUUCUUGAAGAUGAAUUGCUUGAUGCCAUUCUCUGUAUCAUAUAUUAAAAAAAUGGGCAGUUCUACAGGUAUCCCUGUUUUUGAGACAGCGCCCACCUUGUCCCCACUAUAUGAUCUCAUCAUUAAAAGCCAACUGCAUGAGGAUGGAGGGGCCACUUCUCCUGCUUUGGCCCAAACAAUGCGUUUUUAUGCAUCUUUACCAGGACAGCAACAUUGUUAUUUCCUAAAUGGUGAUGCUCCAGUGCAGGAUGGGAGGUGUCUUCAAGGAGCUUUGGUUUCCAAGAUUCCCUUCAGACAUCCUGCUCAGGUGCCUGCCCUCCUCGACAUUAUAAGACAUCAGGCUGCUUACAACACGCUUAUUGGCAGCUGCGUCAAAAAGACCCACAUUAAGGAAGCAGAUUCUCCUGGACUGCUGCAGUUUGAAGUGUGUCCACUAACAGACUCAAGCUUUAGUGUGUCCUUUCAACACCCUGUUAAUGAAUCACUUGUAUGUGUGGUGAUGGAGGUGAUUGAUUCGAUGCAGGUAGCCUGUAAACUCUAUAAGGGUUUAUCUGAUGCUUUGAUCUGCACUGAUGACUUCAUUACCAAAGUAGUCCAGAGGUAGGUGUAACGGAUGGCAUUGAACCUAUGCUUACCUUGAAGACUUUUUGCAUUUGUGCUCCUCAUACAUGACUGUAAAUCUUUUAUAAUUCUUUAUAAUUUUGGUCUAUACCUAUUAGAGAUGGAAGACAUUUUUCUUGUUUUGAAGCCAAGUGAAGCAUAGUCUUGGAGCCUAGACCAUCAGGGUCUGCCGAUUUUACCAUUCUUUAGCUUAGAUAUAACUUCCACCAUUCUUGCUCCCUUUAAAAAGUAAACAUAUUCUCACUCCCAAUGCAUCUGAUACCACCACAUGUCCAAGAGUCUGCAUAUCACUAUACAGAGUGCAAAUAUGGCCUUUAGCGUCUUUAUUGCAGUUUGGCCAUUAAGCCCAAUGUGUACAAUGUGAAAUGUUUAAUGCAAUAGACUGAUUUGAAGGGCAUUGGUAUUUUAUCAUCUAAAAUUUAUAUGCUGUAGGGCAGGGGUCGGCAAUUAAGUUUGGCAUUGGGCCAAAAAAAAUAUUUCACCACUAGAUGGUGGGCCAGAACAUAGUCAAAGUAUAAUUUAAAGGUGCCAUCGAACGUUUUUUUACAAGAUGUAAUAUUCAAGAUGUAAGUCUAAGGUGUCCCCUGAAUGUGUCUGUGAAGUUUCAGCU